AUGCGUCGCAUAGUCGUCGCAGUGGACGGCAGCGACGGUAGCGACAUGGCCGUUCACUACGCGCUGCAGCGAAUUGCGGACCCGCUCACGGACCACCUCUUUCUCCUCCACGUCAAGACACCUCGCCACCUGCCAUCCGACUCCUUGCCUGCGUCCUCGCCGACUUGCCUGCCGUCGUCGCCUCGCGCAUCGUCAUUCGCACGACGAGGCAACGUCAAGGAUCACACCGCAACAGCCGCCGCCGUCACUCAACCCACCAACGGUCGAUAUUCACGAAAGCGUCAACAUGAUUUCCAACCCGUUUCCGCAUGGCCUUCCGCUUUUUCGGGGCCAUCCGAAUCGUAUCAUGCCGCUCGCUCGUCGUCCGCUUCCUUCGGCGCUUCCACCGACCGCGCCGCCGCUCUCCUCGCGUCGUGCUUUCUCGACCCCGCCGCCGCCGCCGCUCCAGGCGCGCCGGUUGCUCUCACGCCGUGGCAGAUGUCUCGCGCUCCUAUUGGACGGCUCAGCGAAAGCGGUGCCGGCGCCGGCAUCGGCGGAGGCACUGGCGCGGAGCCUCUGCGGCAUGUGCGGCGGCGGAGCGUGGACGGGUUGCGCUUGAGCGGAAGCUCCGCCUCCGCCGCACCGGAGUCGGCGGAGAUGCGCAAAGCGGCGGUCGCGGCGGCGCUGAUGCUGGAAAGCGCGUUCGAAUCGUCGGGAGGCGCAGCAGCAGCCGCGCGUUUGGAUGGCGCCACUGUUGCUGGUACGGGUGAUCAAAAGGCGAAAGCAGCGUCUGCAGCUUUGUGGAGUCGCAUGGAAGGAGGUUCAGAAGGCAGCGGUAGCGUCGACAACAGGCAUGGCGUAUCUCUCCCCGCUGUGCACUGCUUUCCUGGCGGUUUCGGCGCCGUGAAAAGCGGCGAGAAGCGCGCCGUCGCGGCGAAUGCGGGCACGGGGAGCGACGACUGGGCCAGCAGGUUUCGCGGGGCGGACGCGUACGGCGCCGCGGGUGGCGCGUGGUGCGGCGGAAGCGGAGGGUCGGUGAGGGCGCAUGGGCGUAGACUGGGACGGCCGAUGAGGCAGCAGCAGCAGCAACACAUGGACGUCAAGGUGGCGCGCUGGUUGGAGCGGUUCGCUCGGGAGGCGGAGCAGAUGGGCGUCGCAUGUGACACUGCCGUGGUUGAGGCCAUGGACCCCUGUGCGGCGGUGCUGUGUCGCGUGCACGCAGUGCAUGCCCACCUCCUCAUUCUCUCAGGCCAUCUCGCUGACUCAGCUGGUGGCGCUGCUGCCUUUGCUUCCGAACCCCACACCUCUCCUGCUCCUCCCGUAGCUGCUGCUGCUGCUGCGCGGGGAGGGUUGGGAGGAGUGGGGGUGCGUGGGAAUGGAGGGGUUGAGAGCGGGUGUCCUGUGCUGGUAGUGAGGCCAGGAGGGAGAGGGAGGAUCAGGGACCAUCGCAGUAGCUUGAUGGAGUUCUGA